CGAGAAAAUUAAUUUUGAAAAUGAAGAUUUGACAUUUGACAAUCUUGUUUUGUUUUCCAGAGGAACUGUCCCGGACUGAGAAAAUAUAAGGCCAUGUAGGAGCGUGACAGCAGAGGUUCAGGAGGAACACGCACAAUGUCUGACAGCAAUGACAUGUGGGAGUCAGCUGACAGUGGGACAAGGGAUGUGCUCGAGGACAAUAAAGACACAAGCGGAUUCUCUGAACAUGAACUCCUGGACAUCAUGUAUAAUGCAUGUAACACCUCCAGCACAGGGGAAGUGUUGGCCUCCACCAUUGUGCAGUACCUGCAGACCAUGACGGCUCAGAGUUCAGGGCAGGACAGACUGACUGCCCUGCGACGGCUGCUCGACCCGGAUUGUCAGGACCCUCAUGUGAGCAGAGAGAUUUUCCACUCCACCAUGAGAGAGUGGAUCGCAAAGUGCAGCCAGGACAGCUCUGAUGUGGACGACAGUCAUGUAUCUUGCCCUGACUCUUCUAAAGUGCCUGUAAAUGGGAUGGAUUUCUCAGCUUCACAAAGCAAAGCUGCCUCUUCAGAGAGCCACCAGUGUUCCUGUGAUGGAAAAGACCUGUUAGGCACAGUGGCUGAACUGAAGCACGCUCACCGCAAGCUGAGCGAGCAGAACAGCAGCCUGCUGAGGACGGUGGCUCAGUGUGAGGACAUAAACCUGCAGCUCACUCUGGAGGUCACAGAGCUGCGAGCAAAGCUGGCGAGUGCUCAGCGGUCAGCAGUGAGAGCCAGAUCCCUGACAGAAGAACUGGAGGAGACCCGUCGGGCAUUUAAAGAGGCCCAGGAGAGAGCCAGCCGCACCCAGACCAGCUGCACCAAACUGAGUAAUGAGGUUGAAUGCCUGAAGGUUCACAUUAGGAGGCUUGAAGAUAAGAAUGAAAAACUCACCUUUGAAAGGACGUGCUCUGAAGAUAGCAUCAACAAACUGAGAAAAGUAAACGCUGAGUUGAGGGUAGGGACAGAUCAAUAA